GGGCGCGGCGCAGCGCGACAGGCGCUCUGUGUGGCCGCAGCCAUGAAGCCGCAGCCGCCGGGGUAGGCCCCGGGCGGCUCCAGCCCAGGGCGGCCCGUGGAGGGCUGGGCCCGGUUUCCGGCCCCGUUGUCCGGGCCGGCGGGUGGCCCCUCACCAUGCCUGGCAAGCACCAACACUUCCAGGAACCUGAGGUCGGCUGCUGCGGGAAAUACUUCCUGUUUGGCUUCAACAUUGUCUUCUGGGUGCUGGGAGGCCUGUUCCUAGCCAUUGGCCUGUGGGCCUGGAGUGAGAAGGGCGUUCUUUCUAACAUCUCAGCGCUGACAGAUCUGGGAGGCCUCGACCCCGUGUGGCUGUUUGUGGUGGUUGGAGGCGUCAUGUCAGUGCUGGGCUUUGCUGGUUGUAUUGGUGCCCUCCGAGAGAACACCUUCCUGCUGAAGUUUUUCUCUGUGUUCCUUGGCCUCAUCUUCUUCCUCGAGCUGGCGACAGGGAUCCUUGCCUUCGUCUUCAAGGACUGGAUUCGAGACCAGCUCAACCUCUUCAUCAACAACAAUGUCAAGGCUUAUCGGGAUGACAUUGAUCUCCAGAACCUCAUUGACUUUGCUCAGGAAUACUGGUCUUGCUGCGGAGCUCGCGGGCCCAAUGACUGGAACCUUAAUAUCUACUUCAAUUGCACUGACUUGAACCCCAGCCGAGAGCGCUGUGGAGUACCCUUCUCCUGCUGUGUCAGGGACCCUGCGGAAGAUGUCCUCAACACCCAGUGUGGCUAUGAUGUCCGGCUCAAACUGGAGCUGGAGCAGCAGGGCUUCAUCCACACCAAAGGCUGCGUGGGCCAAUUUGAGAAGUGGCUGCAGGACAACCUGAUUGUUGUGGCUGGCGUCUUUGUGGGCAUCGCCCUACUUCAGAUCUUUGGCAUCUGCCUGGCCCAGAACCUCGUGAGUGACAUCAAGGCAGUGAAGGCCAACUGGAUCAAACAUGAUGAUGGCUACAAACUGCUCAAAUAAACCAAACUUUGACAACCAUUGGCUUAAGCCCACCACCUUGGAGGUUCUGUCAGCUGCAGGGCCUUGACAGAGCUCUCCAGCAAGGGCCCAGACCCACCCUCCCAGCAAAGCUUCUUUGGCCUGGGUAGUUUGUACAUUUGAGACAACCUUUUACAAAUGGGCAUGCUUCACAUAAAAAUCCAGAUGCCCUGCUUCUCUUGAAGAAUGACCAUCUGGCCACACCAGCUCUUCAGUGGCGUUAUCACCUGGGACAUAAGCUUCCAUGGUCACUGAGGCCUUGUGUGGCCUGUUCUCACCUAAGUGCCCCGCCUGACCUCCGUGGGCUGGGAGUUGGCCUCCCUCCACCUCUUUGGAUUAUCGCCUGCAAACCCCACAGACUGCUGCGGCCGAGACUGAAGCCAGGCACAGGGAUGUGAAGAAUGGGGAGACUGGACCUCAUCCUGAAGAAGGGCUGGCUAUACAGGGGGUCCAGUCCUGCCGGGGACUGAAGUGGGUGCCAGAAUGCCCAGGAAGGUGACUGAGUGGUGGGUGGGAGUCAGGAAGACUACAAAUGAAUCGCUGGAGUCCCAAGGUGUAGCACCAAGAGGGUUGAAAGGAACCAGUUUUGGGCCACAGAUGAUGGUUCUUAGCAGUGACGGCAAAUCCUGUAGAACUUUUGGUGAUGGCAAACAUCCUGUUGUGGCACAAGUGGUUCGCUAUCACUGGCUCUUAGGUGCGGAUGGAAUCCAGUUCUGCAUCUUCCUGCGGCCUGCAGAGCUGCCUCAUGGUCACCAGAGGGCGCACCAGCACAGCAUUUCCUGGGUUUGGCGCUUUUCCCUCCCAGCCUCACCGCAGCAGAAUGGGGUCUGGCGUUCUAGCUCUUCAGGUUCUGCUGUUUGAAAGCUGGUAAAGAAGCAGAGUAGCUCGGGCUUGGGAACUUUGCUUCUCAGCUCUACACUUUCACAGUUAUAUUCUGAAGGGACCUGUGGCAUGGGACUUCCUCUCUGGGCCCACGGAAGACAGGAGGUAGUAGACUAGAGGUCUCAGCUCAAAUUCCCUCAGGUCCCAGGAGGGUUUUGCUGAGUGCAGUUGGCCUUAGAGAGCUGAAGCCUGCUUUCUUUAACAGUCACAGCCGGUAGGGACAGGACCCAAAGCUCUUGGUACCAUCCAGUGGAUCACGGCCUCGAGGAGCAGUGGGGUAUGGCAGGCGCCGUGUGGCGGGUGGUCUGGACAUACUACAAUAAACGCAGCUCCAAACGCA